GAGAGAUGAUAGGGAAUUGAUUGUAAGCGCAGUUGACUUGAUAGUCCCAUGAUCUUUUUCCGGCUCUUUGAAUCUCUCAUAGUCAUAUUCUCGCUUCCUUCAGGGGAUGAGAGAGUGUUCCAUAGUUAAGAGUAAGAUGUGUGAGCGAGGGAGAGAGACGAGCGCGCGCGCAACUGCAUGCAAUGAUGCGGGGGUUAAGGAACAUCUGCCACUGGCUGGCGGCGGGUUGCUGGUCUGCUGUGUUCAAUUUCAACCUCAUUUGAUUGACCCGGGUUUACUACUACUAGUAGUAGUACUGCCAAUUGCCCUUAACGAGGAUCAAAAUGCCAAGAUCUCCUAGUCAUUUGUUCCUUGGACCUUUCCUGACUUCUGCAAUUUGGAAUCCCUGCGAGCUU